AUGGACUCUUAAAUGAAAAUAAAAAAAGCACAUUUUAUAAAUUCCAGCAUAAAGAGUAGAAUGUUAAACAUAUUGUAGCUAAUAUUAAAAAGGAUUAUAAGUUUUUAAGAGAGAUUGGAGCAGGAGGGUUUGGAGUAGUAUUUGAAACAGAAUAAAAGUCAACAGGUAUCAUUGAUAUAUUAAUCAGGGGUAAAAAGAGCCAUAAAAGCAAUUGCAAAGGAUAGAGUAGUAGAUAAAGAAAGUUUUAAAAAUGAGCUUUCUAUUUUAAGAAAAAUAGUAAUAUUUAUGAGAUUACUUUAAAGGAUCAUCCAAAUAUAUUGAAAAUGUAUGAAGUUUAUGAAACAGAAAAGACAUUAUAUUUAGUUACAGAGUAAAAACAAUAUUUAAAUUACAUAGAAUGUGUGAAGGAGGAGAACUAUUUUAUUAUAUAACAAAAACAUAGCAUUUAACAGAAUUAUAGGCUGCAAAAAUUAUGAGAUAAAUUUUUACCGCAAUAGCUUAUUUGCAUGAACAUAAGAUUGUACAUAGAGAUUUAAAACCUGAAAAUUUCUUAUUAAAAAAUAAGGAUGAUGAUUCUUCAAUAAAAUUGAUUGAUUUUGGGUUAGCAAAGACUUUUAAAGAUGAUGAAGUUAUGACUUAACCUAAUGGAAGUUUAUUUUAUAUGGCACCAGAGAUAAUUAAAGGAUAAUAUGGUUAUGAAGUUGAUUAUUGGUCAUUGGGGGUCAUUUUAUAUGUUAUGAUGAGUGGAUAACCACCAUUUCCAGGUAGAAAUCCAUAAGAAACAUUAAAGAAUAUUUAAAAAGGAAUAUUCACAUUCUCAAAAUAAGGUUUUAAAGGAGCAAGUGAAGAGGUAUAAGUGUUUUUAUGAAAAGAGGUUAGGGAUUUAAUAUAAAAGUUACUAGUGAUGGAUCCAAAGAGACGAUUCACUGCUAAAUAAGCAUAUAAUCAUCCUUGGGUUUAAUUAUAGGUUAGUAAUGAAGUGAUGAAUUUAAAAUUACAUGAUGAUGCAAUUAAGGGUAUAGAUAGAAUGAUAAGUGCACAAUAAAUGAAAAAGACUAUGUUAUUAUAUUUAGCUACUUUUAUUCCAGAAAGUGAAAUAACAUCAUUAAGAUAAGUAAAAAUGAAAAAUAAUUUAAUUAGUUAUUUGUAUCUUUAGAUAAAGAUGGUAAUGGAAUGAUUUCAUUAGAAGAAAUGAUUGAUGGUUUAACAGAAUUCAAAAAGUUGAAACAUAAAAAUAUGGAUAAGAAUUACUUAAUAUAAUUAUUUAAGGCAAUGGAUAUUGAUUAAAGUGGAUAAGUAGAUUAUAGUGAAUUUAUUGCUGCUUUUUUAGCAUGUCCUUAAUUUUAGAAUGAAAGAUUUAUCGAAGAAUCAUUUAAAAGAAUAGAUUAAGACAAUAGUGGUAGGAUUUCUAAGAAUGAAUUAAUGGAUAUUUUUCAUACUGAUACUAUCUCAAUUAAAGAUAUUGAUAUAGAAGAAUUAAUUAGAUAAGCUGAUCUUAAUAAGGAUGGAGAAGUAUUAUUAUUAUUAAUAUCAUAGAUCGAUUAUCAAGAAUUUAUGAUACUCUUAAGAGACAGAUUUGCUGAUUAAUUAAAGCAAUGA